AUGUUGGGACCUGUGCAAAGUAGGGCCAGAGUUUAUGCGAAUGUUAAUACACAACGACCACGAGAAUACUGGGAUUACGAGUCACUUGUGGUGGAAUGGGGAAAUCAAGAUGACUAUCAGCUAAUGGGAAAAUUAGGCCAGGGGAAAUAUAGUGAAGUAUUUGAAGCCAUCAAGAAAUCAAAUAAUGAAAAAGUUGUUGUUAAAGUUCUCAAGCCAGUAAAUGAGAAGAAAAUCAAGCGUGAAAUAAAGAUUUUGAAAAAUUUGCAAGGUGGCCCAAACAUCAUCACAUUGGUAGAAAUUGUAAAAGAUCCUCAGUCAACAAACCCCGCCAUAGUUUUGGAACACGUAAACAGUACGGACUACAAUCAACUGUACCCAUUAACAGACCAUGAUAUUCGGUUUUAUAUCUAUGAGAUUUUGAAGGCCUUGGAUUAUAGUCACAGCAUGGGCAUUAUGCAUAGAGAUGUGAAACCCCAUAAUGUUAUGAUUGAUCAUAAACACAGAAAGCUACGACUGAUAGACUGGGGAUUGGCUGAAUUUUAUCAUCCCGGCCAACAAUAUAAUGUCCAGGUUGCUUCCCGAUACUUCAAAAGCCCUGAGCUCCUUCUAAACUACCAGAUGUAUGAUUAUAGCUUGGAUAUGUGGAGCUUGGGUUGUAUGCUGGCAAGUAUGAUUUUUCUCAAGGAACCAUUUUUCCAUGGAGUUGAUAAUUAUGAUCAAUUGUUGAGGAUAGCCAGAGUUCUAGGGACAAAAGAUUUAUAUGACUAUAUUCGUAAAUACGGCAUUAAAUUAGACCGAUGUUUAAAUGUAAUUUUGGGCACACACUCACGUAAGACAUGGGAGUGCUUUGUAAACAAAAAUAACCAACACCUUGUCAACCCAGAGGCCUUAAAUUUACUGGACAAGCUUCUGAGAUAUGACCAUCAGUCAAGGCUCACCGCCAGAGAGGCCAUGGAGCACCCUUAUUUCUCUACUGUUGUGAAGAACCAGGCUCAAGUGGGUUCAUCUAGCAAGUCAGAGGGCUGUACACCUGUCAACAGGACCAAUAUGUCAGGGAUUUCGUAA